AAACGUGUUGAAUCGACCGUCGGGAAGAUGAAGGACCGACUGGAGCAACUCAAAGCGACGUGUGAUCAAGAUGAUGAAGACGUGGAGAUUGCUGUGGACAAUGCAGCCUUCAUGGACGAGUUCUUCUCUCAGAUCGAGGACAUUAGGAACAGUAUUGAUAAAAUCGAUGACAACGUGGCUGAAGUCAAAAAGCUCUUCUCUGUCAUCCUUUCUGCUCCCACUUCAGAGCAGAAAACACAGGAUGAACUUGAGUCAAUCACUAAUGACAUUAAGAAGAUGGCCAACAAUGCAAGAAACAAACUCAAAACCAUCGAGAGGAAUCUGGAGUCGGAGGAGCAGGAGAGGGUCUCAGCUGACAUGCGGAUACGUAAAUCACAGCAUGCUGUGCUUUCAAGGAAGUUUGUGGAGGUAAUGACAAAGUAUAAUGAAGCCCAGGUGGACUUCAGGGAGAGGAGUAAAGGACGUAUUAAGAGGCAGCUAGAGAUCACUGGGAAAGCAACCACAGAUGAAGAGCUGGAUGAGAUGCUGGAGAGUGGGAAUUCUGCUGUGUUCACUGCAGGGAUUGUGGAUUCUGGGAUCUCUAAACAAGCCCUGAGUGAGAUCGAAUCCAGACACAAAGACAUUGUGCGUCUGGAAAGCAGCAUCAAGGAACUGCACGACAUGUUUGUAGACAUUGCCAUGUUGGUGGAGAGCCAGGGUGACAUAGUAGACAACAUAGAGCAGAAUGUAUCCAAGUCAGAAGACCACGUAACAGUCGCUAAGGAGCAGACCAAAAAAGCUGUAAGGUACCAGACCAAAGCUCGCAAGGGUGGAAUGAUUGAAAGGAUUGAGAGCAACAUGGACCAAUCAGUGGGCUUUGUGGAAAGGGCUGUAGCCGACACUAAGAAAGCAGCAAAGUUUCAGCAAGAGGCUCGCCGUAAAAAGAUGAUGAUUACUUUGUGCUGUGCCAUCAUUGGGAUCGUUGGGUUCUCCUAUCUCUACAGCUUCUUCUCAUGAGCGCUCAUUCACAGGAAAGAUGCUGUCUCCAAGAACAAUAAUAUUUCCGGAUAUACCCCCAGUUCUACCCUCAACAUUAUUUGAAUCUGUUAUAAAAAAGUAUAUUGACAUUUUUGAACCAUAACCAUUAACC